AUGUCCUUAAUAGACAAAAGAAGAAAGAGAAAAUAUAAGCUGCAUUCAAAUAUUGAACAUUCUAAGAAACCUUGGUAUAUCUAUUUAAAAAAGAAUGAGGGUAUAUUUUUCUUCGAUUUGAUUGAUGAGGAUUCAAAAUUUGUUUAUAAAAAAGAAAAAAAUGGUGUAGAUAAGGUAGAGGAAACUGACAAGUAUAGGCACGAGAGGAGGAAUUCUUUCAAGAAGGUGUUUGUAAAGAUGGAAUUAGAGGAGGGGGAAAACAAAAUCGAUGAGGGCAAACAGAACGAUAAGGACAAACAGAACGAUAAGGGAAAACAGAACGAUAAGGGAAAACAGAACGAUAAGGGAAAACAGAACGAUAAGGGAAAACAGAACAAUAAGGGAAAACAGAACGAUAAGGGGAUGGAACAUGAACAUGGACGGGUGAAUGAAGAAUGGGUGGAAGAAUUACCUGAUAACGGAUAUAGUAAGAUUGAUGAGUUAAGACUUUGGAUGUACCAUAAUAAGGAGAAAGAAAAAAUAUACGAGAAGGAAAAAUGCUACAAUGAGGAGGAGGCAGUAGCAUCUAACAAUAUAAACAAUGAAAAGGAAAAGAAUAACUUAACGAAAUCGUUAAAUAGAAAAAAGUUGUUUGAAAUGCUCCUCUAUUUGAAUACGUUUAUUAAGUAUAUAGACUAUGAUAAAAAAAUUUCAGCAGAAAUGUUUUUGAAAUUUUUUUACAGCAAAGGAGUGGACAUGGAAUAUGGUGAGCUGAUGGGAGGUGGUGGAAUGACGAAAAAUGAUGAGCUAAUGCAAAAUAAUAUUAGCUUGCUAAAUAGAGUGAGUGCGAAAAAUAGCAAAUGGAUAGUAAGCAAUCAUAAAGAAGAUACGUACAAAAUAGGAAUAUACUCAGAAGGGGUAUUAUCACUGAAAUUAUUUAAAUACGGCAUCAAAGAGGUUAGUAGUAAAACAUAUUACAUAAAUGGUUCGUUGUUGUAUUCAAAAAUUUGUGGAAUUUUAAAAAAGCAGAACCCGUUAAAUGAUGAGUUUAAUGAAUGUAAUAAUAUAAAGAAUGAUGAGAAGAAUGGAGCAAAACAUGGUGAAAAGAAUGGAGAGAAGAAUGGAGCGAAACAUGGUGAAAAGAAUGGAGAGAAGAAUGGAGCGAAACAUGGUGAAAAGAAUGGAGAGAAGAAUGGUGAGAAGAAUGAUGAGAAGAAGGGUGUGCAAAAUGGUGAGGAGGUAGUACCUCAGGGAGUCCAGAAAGAUAAGCCUAUUUCCUUUGGUAUAUGUAUAGAUUUUGAUUAUUUAAGAAAAUCGUAUGAGUGGUAUGAAGGAAAGACAAUGAGAUUAUUAGAUCUUUUUAUUAUCCUAAACAAAAUUUCCGAAAUAUUUAGAGAAAAGUGUUUUAUUAUAUAUGUACAUCUAUCAGUACAUAGUGAAGGUAGCCAUACUUUAGAAGAUAUAAAAAAUUAUAAAGUGUGCUAUCCGUACAUGUUUUCGGAGUUAACAGAUACUCUAAAAUUAUUUGAAGAAAGAAAUAUAAAAAUAGUGAUAAGAGUAAAUGAAAUGAGGUCAAUGAAUAUUUCUACUACACAUCAUUCUAAUAAUUCAAAAAAUAAAUUAAUAGAAGAUAUUAAAAAAAUGUAUAGAAAUAAAGAAGUGAAUAACAUUUUUCUUAUUACUAAUGAUAUAGAAGUAAUUUCAUUUUGUAAUGAUAUGCACUAUAAACUUUUUUAUAAAAGAGAUACCUUCGAUAAUAUAAAGGAAUGUACUCUUUCUUUUACAAAACCAGUAAUCAUACUCUCCUUUAUGAAUAAUAUGCCCAUGCAUAAUAAUAAAUUUCUUCCUUAUUUAAAACUUGAAAAUUUUUGCUAUAUGAAUUUUAUUAUUAAAAGUUUUUUCCUGAGAUAUCAGGCGAGGAGAAUUGAAAAACUUGUAACAAUAUAUAAGGAUAAUAUGGAAAAUAUGGACAUAAUUGAAAAACUAAUGGAUAAAUUUACCAUAAAAAAUAAAAACUUUAAAAACAAAAUUAACAUUUUACUACUAAAUGAUAUACUUUAUAAAGUAGAUUUAAAAAAAAAAGAAAAUAUAGAAAUAACCAGCCUGCUAAGAAAAGUCUUCCCCCCUUCAUACCAUUCCAUGCAUUACGAUAUUAGGGGAAAAUGA